AUGGCACAAGAAUCUCAUAAUAGAAAAAGUCAAACAGUAAAGUUUCGGGAUCAUACUGUUGAGAUACAAACUGUUAUUAUUAAUGGCAUCGAGUGCCUGCGUCUGAGAGAUGUUCAAAGAAAAUUUCCAGCGGUGAAGAUCCUGUCUAUAGAUAACAUAUAUCAAGUAUUCCUUCACGAUGAAUAUGGUAAUGAUCUCGAACCGUUGCGUAUUGCUGCAUGCAUUGACCAAAUUGUUGAAGCAGAAGAGUCUGUGGAACAUUCCUAUAAUGAAAUUCGUAGCGACCUAAAGGAUAUUAAAGGUAUAGUCAAGCGUGUGGACAUCAAUGUACAGGAGAUAAUGCGCCAGAUUGCUAAUGUGAUGAGGCAAAUGUAUGAAUUGCAUGAGUAUACUACACCUCGUUAUUUUUUCAUCUUACCAGCGAAACAUAGCGACAUCAAAGCGAUUGAUUUCGUACAAAAUUGGUUUCAAACUCAUUAUAAACUCUAUUUUCUAUGUGAAUGUUCACACGAUCCAAGACAAAUGCAUGUCGCUCCACAUGAUGGUUACUCAAUUAAAAAGGGGAGAGAUUUCGUCGUGAAAUAUGCACCGUAUUUAAGAACAACUCUACAAAUUGUUCAAGUUCUACUUUCAGCCGGAGGCCUUGUCAUUCCACAACUAGGAAAUGCGGCAAAAGUUAUCAAUAAUGCGGUACCAUCAAGAUUCCAAGAGCCUAAGUACUACAAAGACAUGCAGCAGCAAUUAGAAAUGGUUGAUAAUUUACUCAAUAAAGUCGACAACCAAGGAAAUCAUGCAGGCGCUUCAGUGACUGAUAAACAGAAGUCAAAAGGAACACCAUUGCAAGGUGCCGAACUACGAGAAAUUCAAACGUAUCUUGAACGUGUUGAUGAUAAGCGUAGCUUGGGAAAUUUAUACAGAAUAGUCACUGCUGACGGUCAUGUUCGUUGGGUCUGUCGCGAACACUAUGAUGAGGCUAGUUACAACAAUGAAAUGAGUAAAUACAUUAAUGAAUUUGAAGCCAUGGGAGGUAAAUUCAAUAAAAAGACUAAAGAAGCAUUUAUAAAUCAAGUGAAUAUUACUAAAGAAAAUGUUGAAAUGAUGUGCAAAGCUCUUGGGAAAGGUUUUAAUAUUGUGAAGCUAAUAUGUCGAGAAUGUUCAAUCGACGAAGAUCAUCUCGAAAAACUGCUUGACAUCAUCAUUAAUCGUUCUUCAAUUCGUUGUCUAAAUAUGGGUUCGGUUCGUGUACGAAACUUUUUUGGAAUCACAAAGUAUACUUGUCAAGAAAUGGUCGCCGAGUUCAACAAUCAGUCAUUGAAAGUUCGCUUCUCCAACACUUAUUAUGAUGGUAAUACGCUCAUGUUCACUCGGUUUCUGCUUCAAAACAAGAUACAUAAAAACUUGGAUUUAUCUGCAGCUGACUUUCUUUGGCAUGAGUCCGAUCUUCGACAAUGUAUGGAAUCUAAUGCAGUUGCGACUCGACUUGUUCUGGAGUACACAAACAACGUCAGCAUUCUCAAUGUUAUAUUUAAUUUGAAAACAAAUGCGUUACAACAACUGAAACUUACGCAUUCGUUGUAUGUGCCCUCAACUUUAUCCUAUUUCUGUGAAAUGCUGAAAAAAACUAAAACACUUGUUGAGCUGGAUCUAAUGGAUUAUACUGGUUUUGACGACGAAGAUUUUAUUAAUACUCUUUUGGAGAUACUGAAAGGGCACAAGUCAAUCAAAUAUCUCAAUAUACACAUUACAAAUGUACAACCAUCUAAUCAAAAAGAAGUAGAUUUGAUAAAAUCAUUGCAAAAUGAUGAACUUAUUUCACGCCUUUGUAUAUCGUCGUCAGUUAUCUCGUCUGAAUUCACAGAAGCACUACUUCAUGCUGGAGCAAAACAUGAUACAUUCACAUAUUUAGAAUUUUAUAGUUGUCAAGUGGAAGACGAUGAUAAAGCAAAACUACAGUCGUUGUAUGAAAAUGGACGUUUGCAUCAACUGAGUUUUUAUGAAGAACCACGUUGGUAUGUGUUGUUAGAUGAAACAAAUGGAUUGGUAAAUAAAGGUAAGAGAAGUAGCAUCUCCACCGGCAAUGGUAGUUCCAAUUUCGUGCAGCUAGUCACUUUACUCUUAAGAGAGGAUUUAGAAUAG